AUGGCUCCACCAACCAUCCCGAAGAAGGCAUCCAAGGAGUCCAAGGCUUCACCAAAGGUGUCGGAGGACAAGGUCAAGAAGCCCACCCAUGUCGAUGGCUACACCAUAAGCCAACAUCCAUUCACUCGCGGACUCCGAGACAGCCUCAAGGCUGGCGACCCUGAGCCAAUCCACUGGCUCUCGACCUGUGUCAUUUACGGAGGGGAAGAGAACAUGCCAUCAGGCCUCAGAAAGUCGAUGGAGCAAUGGGUGUAUGUUGGACGGGACACUCGUCCUCCCAAGGAAGAUAAGAAGGAUUGGGUUACCUACCAAUGUCGCAAGCACCUCUUGCAUUUCCUACGAGACAUGGCGAACAGCCUUGGGCACUCGACUCUUGGCGGCCAUGAUAACCCGCAUAAGCCGGAAGAGGUGAAGGUUGGACUUGUCUUCAAACCAGGAGCAAAGAAGGCCGGCCAUGCCCCGGGGAAUAGACAAGGCGCCAAGUACUCCAAGGGAGUGGACCCGUCCAAGUUUGCUGUCUCACCUGGCAAGAAGAGCAAGUCAAAGGCGAAGAAGGCCGAAGCCCCGGUCGAAGCCCCGGUCGAAGCCCAGGUCGAAGCCCAGGUCGAAGCCCAGGUCGAGUCCGAUGGGGAUGCCGAUGGGGAUGCCGAUGGGGAUGCCGAUGGGGAUGUUGAUGGGGAUAUUGAUGGGGAUGGAAAUCCCGAUGUCGAUAAUCCUGACAUCAAUGUGGAUGACUUCAUCAAUGAUUCUGAGAUCGAUGGGGAAGAGUUCAUCGUCAAGCAGGACAGCGAUAAUGCUGAACUCCCCCAGGAGCAUGAGUCUGCCUAA